GGAAGUGUCAUUACUGUUCUGGAAAGAGAAGAGCAGCCGUUCAGAAACGCUACCCAGCGAGUUUCACUUAUUUAUAAACUCGUAUUUCUCGAAAGCGGCUCUUUGUUUCGGUCUCUAAAUCAUCAGUUGGGACACUUUGAAGGUUAACGUGUGAACACGGUGAUAAACGGUAAAAGCCGCCAUGGCGUCGCCUCUGCAGAUGACAGAGAUGUACGACAACGCACUGCUCGGGAUCCUGCAGCACGUUGGAAACAUCCAGGACUUUCUUCAGGUCUAUUUUGGGUUCCUGUACCGUAAAACCGACUUCUACCGACUGCUGUCGAGUCCCAACGACAAGAUGGGGUUUCCUCCCGGUGUGGCGGAGAAGAUGGUGUUUAAGACGUUCAAGCUGUUUGAGAAGCUGGCAGACCACGACAAAGAGAGGCAGCUGAGCGAGCUGCAAAAGAGAGAGCAGAGUCAGUGUGUUCCUCCAGCAGUUCAGGAGUUGGAGGUCGCCGCAGAGGAGACGGAGGAGCAGAGCACAGAGGCCGCACAGACGGAGAGUUCUCCCUCAGAUGCUGGAGGAGUUACAGCUCCUGCCUCCUCAGAAGCGACUGUCAGCCCUCAGCCUGGGGACAGCAGCUCAGGUUCAGGACAGGUAGCUCAAGGAGACCAGGCAGCUGCAGCCGCUACGACCUCAGCAAAAGGGACUCAGGAGAAGUAUCAGUCGGACCCUGACAGUUACAACGGGGCUGUGAGGGAAAACUACAGCUGGUCUCAGGACUACACUGACGUGGAGGUCCGCGUGUCUGUGCCAAAGACGAUCGUUAAAGGCCGACAGGUCAGAGUCAAUCUGCAGACCAGCAGCCUCCAGGUGUGUGUGAGGGACGGAGCCGAAGACAAAACACUGAUGGAGGGAGAAUUCACUCACAAGAUCAACACUGAGAACUCUCUGUGGAGUCUGGAGCCUGGAAACUGUGUGGUCCUGUCGCUCAGUAAGACCUCGGAGGUUUGGUGGAACGCAGUGCUGAAGGGAGAGGAGGAGAUUGAUAUCAACCAAAUUAACCGCGAGCGCUCCAUGGCAACGGUCGAUGAGGAGGAGCACGCCGUUCUGGACAGACUCUCCUUCGACUACCAUCAGAAGCUGCAGGGGAAACCACAGAGUCACGAAAUGAAGGUGCACGACAUGCUGAAGAAGGGCUGGGACGCCGAGGGCUCACCGUUCAAAGGGCAGCAGUUCGACCCCUCCAUGUUUGACAUCCCACCCAGCGCGGUGCAGUUCUGAGGCACGGCCCAAACUCAGCCAAAUAUGAACUGAAUCUUUCUUUAUGUGCAGAGCCAGUGGUUGUAAAGUCAACUUUUACCGGCCGGUCUGGUGUGUUGGACGUUUGUCCUCAACUGUAAGAGCAGAACUGACGCUGGCAUUGUGUGGAAUGGGAAUACAGACGAGGACAUGUCAGUAUAUCAAAUGUUUAUUUGAUGUUUUGGCAGAAUGGAAUCUGAUAAAUGUGUGAACUUUGUUAAUUGAUUUGCUCUUUAUUUAAUAACACAGUGCCUAUA